AUGGAGGCUUGCGUAUCGCGUCUGAUGAGUAUGGGCCCGCCUGGAGCGUUCUGGGAUGAGAUAGUGAAGUUUUUGGCUUCAAAAAAUGUGAUUUCGUCGACCAAAAUUCUCGCAAACCUGCAUUCGACGGUUUACGUGGCACUUGGGUACCAUUUGGUGUUUCUGGUGAGCAAAUGGUUUAUAUUCCCUCCUCUAGUGCGCUGGAGACUCUCGCACAGCAAGGACCACUCGCGCCGCGGCCAUAUGGGUCUGGUGAACCAGGCCGCAUUGCACUUUGUGAGUCUUGUGCAAAGCUUUGUGAUCCUGUACUUGUGUCUGACGUACCUGAACACGCACGGCCAUGGCACAACGCACCCAAAUGCACAAAUGCGGGUUUUCCACCACGAAAUGGACACAGAUGUGAUCUGUGUUUUUGCGAUCGGUUAUUUUGUGUGGGACGCUAUGAUCUCGAUGGCUUACUCUACCGCGCCCUUUGUGCUACAUGGCGUGGUUUCGGCGUUGAUGUUUUCGAUUGGCUUGAAACCUUACAUUCAGUUCUACGCUCCUGCUUUCCUGAUGUUUGAAUUGUCCAAUCCAUUUUUGAAUUUCCGCUGGUUCGGCAUCAAGUUCUUCCCGCAAGUGUCGGAUGCUAACAAGAGCUUGGUGGCGCGUUUGCUGAACUUGGUGCAGCUGUUGAAUAACGUGGUUUUGAUCAUGGUUUUCUUUGGAGCGCGUAUCGCUUGGGGGUGGUACCAAAUUUUCAAUUUGUGUUGCGAUUUCUGGCACAUCCGCCACGACCCCCGGUUCCUGCCUCUGGAGACUUUUACUAUCGUGUCCGGUAACUUUAUCCUGGACGUUUUGAAUCUGGUGUGGUUUUGCCGGAUGCUGUGCGUGGCGAAAGAUAUCCUCACUAAGAGUAAGCGUGUGCAGGACAAGCCUGCCACCGAGGUGCACUGA